UCUCUACAAACCCUAAGAGACCGCCAAAAAAAAAACACACACUCUCUCUCUCUCUCUCUCGAUAUCGACGGUAAAUGGCGUCGGGUUGCGUUAAAAAUGUUGGUACUUCACCGAGUCACUCAUGGACGAGCUCCAAAAUGUCAUUGACCCGUGAAUCUCAACCGUUGGCUCCACAGUUGGAAAACGAAGAUCAUGUGGACGACUUUGAGUUUCUUCUCGAAGAUCCCGUCACAAUGCUAUCCGCCGACGAGCUUUUCUCCGACGGAAAGCUAGUCCCGCUUAAGUUUUCCGGCGUGACUAAUUCUGAAGAGAAGCCUAUAACGUCGGUGGUUCAUACUGCGGUGAAACCAUGCCGAAGAUUGGAAAUGGAGAUCUCCGGCGUCGUCGAUCCGUAUCUCUUCUCUCCGAGAGCUCCUCGUUGCACCGUGAGAUGGCGUGAGCUUUUAGGUCUUAAGAGACUCGCCAAAACGCAAGAAGAAACGUCGUCGUCUUCAUCGCGCUUGUCUUCAUCUUCUCCAAACCCCAAAACGGCAUCGUUUAGGCAUUUUCUCAACCGGAGUUCCAAAUCCACCGCUCAACCACCGUCUCACCCGCCGCCGGGAAAAGACUCAGACAUCUUGGAAUCGUCUUCAACGUCGAUCUCCUCUUCACGUCUCUCUCUCUCGUCGUCUUCGUCCUCCGGUCACGAGCUAGACGACCUUCCAAGACUAUCUUUAGAUCUCGACAACAAACCCGGAACACCAAACCCGUUCGCUCGGUCACGUGCUCACCACCACCACCACUUGCGUAACCAGAACCAACCAAGAAAGCCACGACGUCACGCACCGGCUGAUGAAUUGACAGAGAGUAGUAUUGAGACAAGGGCAAUGACGGUGACGGCGGAUAGUCCUAGACUCAAUGCUUCAGGGAAGAUCGUGUUUCAUGGACUCGAGAGAAGCUCAAGCAGCCCCGGUAACUUCACCGGAGGACCAAGAAUGAAGCUUCACCAUGGAAUGCCGAGAUCUCACUCCGCUAAUGUCAGAAUCACUCCUGUUCUCAAUGUUCCUGUCUCCUCUCUUCGUAGCGGACCCAAAUCAGGUCUCUUCUUCGGCCAGCUAUUCGCUUCUUCUUCUUCUUCUUCUUCGUCGUCAUUGGCUUCGUCGUCUGGAAACAGAGCACAGUUGCAGAGCAAUAACAUCAAGAACCGUACCAAUCGAAGCAGACUUGAACCGACAAGCGAACUCUAAGAACCGAACCGGAUUCUAAUUGUACCGACUUUAUUAGGGGCUAAAAUUUACGCUUUUAGUUUCAUUGGGGUUGUUUCGUUAGAUAAGAUUACCAGAAUGUAAAUAAGGUGAAGUAUUUGAUUUUCCUUGAGGUUCUUCGUAGAGCAGCGGGUUGUUCGAUAACAAAGUCAGUCAUUAAUA